AUAGUGCUGGAAUCAAAACAAACUGGAUUGUUUUCUUUGACUAUAUUCGUUGUUAUGUGACAGCGUGUUCUUCGGCGGACGAACGUGGCAUGGAGAGUGAGGUGUUGUGGCCUUGAGGGAGAGCAGGGUGACGUAGUGGCGGCGUGACAGUGCUCCUGAGUGGUGGGAAGAGGCUGUUUGGGACCUGCUUCCUGGAGGGCGGCUCAGACCUGACCUAUUUUUUCGUGUGUUUUUGUCCCAUGCGAGGCUCUGCUCUCUUGAUUUUGCACCGCUAUCACCUCAUUACUCUCUAAGCACGAGUGUUAAUUAAGAACCUAUAUAAAGGAUGUAGGUGUGACGAUCUAUUGGACGACAGUUCACUUUUAUAAUACUAUAGUGGUAAUACAACGUCUAUAAUAAUAACAGUAGUUAUUAAUGAUAUUUUUGGAUUAAGCUGUUCGGUGUGAGCCCUGUGCAGGUGUCUGAAAUAACACCAACCUGAGUUUUUACAACUUUGAUUAAAUGAAGUUCAGUUUUGCUUGACAUCAGAUGUAAGAAUGCCUCUCGUGAAUGACAAUGCAGUGUUAUUGCUGAUGUGAAGACUGCACUGGUCUACUAGAAAUACUGUGCUAGUGGUGGGUGAAGUGAAAAGACACUCGGCGUUUGGCAUUCAGAGAACAGCAUAGGGGUUGCUGUGCCUCUGGUGGCCCAGCCAUUGGAAGUUAGACCUUGUUAAGAAGUAUUAUGGAAAUCUCAGUUUGAUUAAGACGCCAUGGAUACAGGAGACGAAAAUCCCAGCGAGCAUCAGGCCCAGCGCCCUGCCUCGCCUCCUCACCACCCGCCGCAGCUGCUGCCGCCCGGACUCCUUCCUCAGGAGCUGGUCCUCUGCAGGCGGCCGCUUACCCUACACAUCAUUAAAGGCGGGUCGGUGUGCGGGUGGGUGUACAGCUCCUUGGUGCUGACCGUGGCACUGCUCGUCUACUGCAACGCCCUCAGCUGCAGCUUUGUGUUUGACGACAUCUCGGCCAUCAAAGAGAACCGCGACCUGCGUCCACACACACCCGUGACCAACCUCUUCUUCCACGACUUCUGGGGGACGCCAAUGCAGAAGGAGCAGAGUCACAAGUCGUACCGCCCACUGUGCGUCCUCACCUUCCGUCUGAACUACUUGCUUCACGGCCUGGAGCCACUCGGGUACCACCUGGUGAACAUGCUGCUCCACGGGGUCGUCUGCAUUCUCUACUACAGGAUGUGCAGCAUGUUCCUGCCGGAGCUGUCGAGCUUUGUCGCCUCGCUGCUUUUUGCCGUGCACCCCAUCCAUACCGAGGCCGUGACGGGCGUGGUGGGUCGAGCCGAGACUCUCUCCUCACUUUUCUUCCUCGGCUCGCUGGUGGCUUACUCCGGCGCCACGGCAAAGCAGGUGCGCGGUGCUCGAGGGGCGCGUGUGGCCACAGACUGGCGUCUCCUGCUGCUGGCGAUGCUUCUUGCCACCACGGCCAUGCUAUGUAAGGAACAAGGCAUCACUGUCAUCGCCAUCUGUGCUGUCUACGAAUUGUUCAUUGUGCAGAAGGUGCGCGGGUGGGAACUGGUGCAGUUCGGAGAGGGCGUGGUGUCCGGUAAAGGAUCGGUGCCUCCCUGGCUGGCGGACAUGGCACCACGGGUGUUCGUGCUGGUGGCCACCACCCUGGGACUCAUGCUGGCCAGGGUGCACGUCAUGGGCGCCCAGCUGCCGGUCUUCACCAGGUUCGACAACCCGGCCAGCGUUGCCCCUUCGCCGUCCCGCCAGCUGACCUACAACUACCUGCUUAGCGUAAACGCCGGCCUGCUGCUGCUGCCCUCCACGCUCUGCUGCGACUGGACCAUGGGCACCAUCCCUCUGGUGGAAAGCUUCACCGACCUCAGGAACAUUGGGACGGUGGCGCUGUAUCUCACCCUCGCCAAGCUGUCCUACCACGCCCUCUUCGUCGCCCAUCGACACCACGCCCAGGUCAUAAUAAUGUCGCUGGCGUUCGUGGUGCUUCCCUUCCUGCCGGCCACCAACCUCUUCUUCCCCGUGGGCUUCGUGGUUGCUGAGCGCGUCCUCUACAUGCCCUCGAUGGGGUUCUGCAUGCUGGUGGCUCACGGCUUCACCAACCUUCUUGAUAGAGUACAAGCCAAGAAAUACCUGUGGUUGGCGCUGCUGGGGCUUCUCGCCGUCCACGCUGUCAAAACCCACGUACGGAACUUCGACUGGCGGGACGAAUACACCAUCUUCACCGCCGGGCUCAAGGUCAACCAGAGGAACGCCAAGCUCUUCAAUAACGUGGGCCAUGCUCUGGAGUCCCAAGGCCGCUUCGCUGAGGCUCUACGCUACUUCCAGGCGGCGGUGUCAGUUCAGGAGGAUGACAUCGGCGCCCACAUCAACGUUGGUCGCACGUACAACAAUCUCAAGCUGUUUUCUGACGCUGAGCAGGCCUACCUCAAGGCCAAGUCGCUACUGCCCAAAGCUAAGCCCGGGGAGAGCUAUCAGGCCCGCAUCGCCCCCAACCAUCUCAACGUGUUCCUCAACCUGGCUAACCUGAUAGCCAGGAAUGAAACCCGCCUGGAGGAGGCCGACGCCCUCUACCGACAGGCCAUCAGUAUGAGGGCGGACUACACUCAGGCCUACAUCAACAGAGGGGACAUACUGAUAAAGAUGAAUAGGACGAAAGAGGCACAAGAGGUGUACGAGCGAGCUCUCUUCUACGACAGCACCAAUCCAGACAUCUAUUACAACCUGGGUGUGGUGCUGCUGGAGCAAGGACGGGCACAGCAGGCGCUCGCGUACCUGGACAAGGCCCUCGAGAUGGACCCUGACCACCAACAGGCACUCCUCAAUUCUGCCGUCCUCAUCCAGGAAUCCGGGAACGCUGAGCUGCGUCCUCUGGCGUACCAGCGGUUGUUGCGCCUGGUGCAGCGGGACCCUCUCAACGAGAGGAUCUACUUCAACCUUGGCAUGAUCGCGAUGGACGACAGGGACUACCGCAACGCUGAGAAGUGGUUCAGGAAGGCCAUAGAGUUGAAGGAGGACUUCCGCUCCGCCUUGUUCAACUUGGCUCUUCUCUUGACGGACGACCAGCGGCCCCUCGAGGCGGCGCCCUUCCUCAAUCAGCUGGUUAAGCACCACCCGGACCACGUGAAGGGCCUCAUCCUACUCGGGGACAUUUAUAUCAAUAACAUCAAGGAUUUAGACGCCGCCGAAAAGUGCUACGAGCGGAUCCUGGCGGUGGAUCCUGGCAACGUGCAGGGCCUUCACAACCUGUGUGUGGUGUACGUGGAGCGCGGGGAGCUGCAGGCCGCCGAGUCGUGCCUCAGUCGUGCCCAUGUGAUGGCGCCCCACGAAGACUACAUCCUCAGGCACCUCAAGAUCGUCAGGACUCGGCUUGCCAAGUUCUCUCAGAUGCAGCAGCAGCAGCAGCAACAGCAGCAACAAGGGGGAGGGGGAAGUGAUCGGACACCAGCCUCUGUGUUACCUGACGGCGCUGAUGCGUCAGAAGGAAUAAGUGAAUCCAACCCUUCGAGGCCUAAAAAGACUGUGUUUAUUACAAAAAAUAGUGAUAGCAAUAGCAAAACUAGCGAGAAACAGCUUACCAGAAUGGUGGGUGCGACAGUGAACAGUGACACGAGUGACUCCUUAUCAUAAGACUCUGCUGUUGCCGCAAGCAUGCCAAAGUUACUACAGUCAUUAGACGGUAUAAGUAUGGUGUUGGGCGUCCUGAAGUGACUGGCGGCGGGCGUCCACUUCCUCAUGCACUCCACCCAGUCAGGACCCUCCGUAGUGCAACAGACAUGGACCCUCCUCCUCCUCCUCCUCCUCCUCCUCCUCCUCCUCCUCCUCCUCCUCCUCCUCCUCCUCCUCCUCCUCCUCCUCCUCCUCCUCCUCCUCCUCCUCCUCCUCCUCCUCCUUCCUCCUCCCAGUUCGUGGUUGGUGCCUUCUCACCAGCAUGACUCACACCUGCAGAAAGACAAGUGCAGUGAAAAGAUAACAAACAUGUAAUACAAGUUGCAUAAGAAUAUCAGUAACUUAAGACCAAGUGAUUAUCAUGUGGAAAAUGUGGUUAUUUUCGUUUGAAAUUCGUGAGUUUCUGAUGAUUACGAUUUGGUAAUAGAUGAAGACUCAGCAAUAAAUGAAAAUUGGACGCAAUGAAUGAGGUGAGGAAGCCCAAGCCGGCCUUGUGACCCUCCGUCGCUCAUCUAGCUGAGGCCACGCCGGAUGUCUCCGCGUCAUGUGAAAUGCAAGAAUAUGAUGUGACCCACGAAUGGCUGAGUCACCAGGACGCCAUUGCUGGAUAUGCUGCUUUCCUCCCAGCCACCCUGGUGCCUGGUGAUGUUAAUGAGAGAGAGAGAGAGAGAGAGAGAGAGAGAUAUCCUGCAGGAGCGGCAUGCCACUUCUGGUAAUGUCACCUGACAAACGUGUCAGUGAAAUCCCUCUGUAUCUGAGAAACUAAUUAAUGAGGAAAAUAUAAAGAGGGAAAGUGACGAUUUACGAAGAAACACACUGCUGAGUGACGAAACCAGACUGAUUAUUUGCAAGAAUAUCAGUACUUCCCUCUUUUAUCUGUGAUUGUAAUAAGUAGCCCGAGUUUUGCUAAGUCUUCGCUGACACAGCUAAGGUAGACGCUUGGUUCAGUGAGCUUUCUUUUCUGCGGUGGAAGUGAGAGGCCGGAGUGGGUGACGUGAAGGCGAGGCUGUGAGGGUUGGCCGGGACACUGAGCGGUCUGUGCAGUUUCUCACAUCAAGAAGCCACAGAUCAAUAAUUUAUUUCACCAGGAGACAUUCCUCGCCGCCCCAAGGGUUGCCUAGCACUCAAGGCACGCGGGCAGCGGAGGGGCCCCUCCGCAUUCCCUCUUGGUUCCCGGCCACUUCUGCCUCGCCUGUCAUUAUGAAUGGUAUUAUUAUUUUCUAUAGUUAAAACACACAUUUUAUUCUUUUGUAUGGUCUGACUAGAUUAAAAUGAAAAAAAUAAUGUAAAAGAUAGAUUUAAAAUUUUUAUUGUGUAACUAUAAGUUUGCUGAGGAUAUUUUUUUAUAUAUAAUAUACGAAUGAAACAAAGAAUUGCCUAAAAUGUUCAUAGCAAAUCCAGGAGCCAUAAAUGUGGUGGGCCGUGCAGCGUUAUUUUCUAGUCUGGAGCAAUCGGGCGGGCCGCAAGGAAGGCCAGCAGACAGGGGUCGGCCACACCCAGCAGACGAAAGCUCGCAUGUAAGCCCGAGGUACGUGUGGCCGCACGACUGAACUCCCAAGAAAUUUCCUUUUUAAGUACGAAAUUUCCACCCCAGCACGCCACUAAUGAAUUCCCCAGGAGGCCACCCACCGCCCACCAAUGGCCCCGGCUGCUGCUGCUGCUGCUGUUGCUCUCAAUAGCUUUUGGCGCGUACCACAACAUUCCAAUUUGAACUGUGUGUACUUCUUUGUGAUACAGCUCUCCUUUCUCUUCCGCUCCUUCCCUUCGUCGCUUGUGUUAACGUCUUUUGAGGCUAGUUUUUUCUUUUAUUUAUUUUUUUUCUUAUUUCUUCUUAUUAUUAUUAUUUUUUUUUCCAUAUAACUGCUGCGCCAGACAGUGUGAUCCCCAACAGUGUUUACUUUACCACACCUUCCUGCCGACUCGCUGGCAUGACGGUGAAGUUAGUUGGUUGUACAUUUCACAUUAUCUUUCGACGUCGCUUUCUUUCUAUUUCCUUCAGCUAUUGUUUCGUGCUGGGAAGUUAUAAAGAUUUUCGAGGGUUGGCUUCUGGCAGGGUCAUUCUUGUGUACAUACAAGUUUCCACACUGACCGGGAAGAGUGAGUUGUAAGAGAGAGAGAGAAAGAGAGAAAAAAGGAAUAUUAUCCCUAAUCCUACUCUUAUUAGUCUAUCUACUAUCGAUGUCUUCUUACUCUGGAUGUAUGUGUUCUUAUGGAGUGAUACCUUUUAAGUUAUUAACUUUCAAGUUAGUAGAUAUCGGCAUAGGGGAGUUGCAGUGUCGAGUGUGGUUCACUUAACCAGUGAAUGAAAUAAGAAGUUGCAGCUUUAGGGACGGGAUAUCCAUCCAAAGAAAGUUAAGGAUGUGCGUGAAGUGAAGUGAUGCAGGGAUCAGGAGCGAACAAUGCCGCGCAACAAAUCUUUCGUGUGUCUCAUCAUUCUGUCAGAUCAAAUGUCAGCAUCGUAACAAAAAUGUAAUAAAACUUAACGUCAGAAUUCUCACUGACAGAGUUACUUAUCCUGGUGGAUACUGUAUAUUACAGUGUUUGGCUGUCCAUGUUUCACUUAGCUGUGACGAACUGGUGUAUCACUGUAUCAUAAGCGAUGUACAUUUUCCUACACAACUGCAGUGAUCUUUAAGAGUAGUCAUUUCGACUUAAGGUACUUAAUUGCAUUUGCUGGUGAGGGAAGAGCUGGAAAUUGAGGGAGUCUUGCUAUCUGGCACACUGGCAACGGUGUACCGCGGGGGCAACAACCCUUGGCCUGAGUCACGGAAGGCGAGGCAAGAAAUAUCGAUCUUUGUAAAAUUUCAGCGGUGCCUUUUUGGGAUAUUGUCUGAAAUGGUAUUGUAAAAAAAUAAUAGAGACUUUGUAUAUCGAUUUUUUUUUCAUAAAUUCAAUGAUAUUUUUCUAUGUACCAUACACUCAUGUUCCCCAGAGCGCUAGUUAUGAUUCGAUAUGUCUGAAACCUGUGUGUAACAUGUAUAGGUAUCUCAGAUGUGUAGUUUGAUGCCCCUUCCCUCCCUCCCGAUUUCCCCUCCUGUGUUGCACGUGUUGUUGGUUGAUUCUCUAUCGAUGUCUUCACAUUUCGUGCGUGUAAUUGCUACAUCUACUAUUUUGUCCAGACUCAUCGUUCAUUGAUCCGUCACGAAUUUUGUAAUUGGUUGUCCAACUUAGUACAACUGUGGUCAUAUGUGGAAAGAUAACUUGUUUCUUUACUCUUCCAACACUUCUAUCGAACCUGUUACUUGUUUUCUUUUUUUUUCCCUUCAACCGUGUGUCUGCAUUCUGAAUCUACUUACUGUCUUCCAGUUUUGUGUAAAGUAAAGAAUCUCGUGUCCUUGAUGUCAGUUCGGUGAUGGGCUUAAAGGAAGACAUGAGUUUGGAUACCUGUCUUUUACGGCGGAAAGAUGAGAAGCCUCCAACUGUUGGAUGCGGCUGCAUGUUUUCAGUCCUUCAGUUUUGGCUCUGUUGGAAAAAACAUAUAUAUUUCAGUCAUUGUAUAUUGCAAAACAUAGAGGCUUGAACAGAAAACAUGGCCUGGGGAACUUUUUCUUUAUAGAAGGUAGUGAUUUCUCUUUCUCUCUCUACCUCGGUCUUGUUUCCUUGCCUGUAACAUUGGACGUGAGUGUUGAGGUUUGCAUGUAGACCAGUCAUUACUUUUGUACAGUGUUGCUGUGGGCGGAACGUGGCCGCUGAGUCUUGCCCAAAAGGAAGUGAGCCAGCAAGAGCCGAUCUUCAACAUAACCCAUCUAUUUGUGCUAUUUAAGAUUUGGAAUUUUAUUUGUUAUUAACUUGGAGCGUUCAAGGCACCUUGUGAUGCUGCAAUGGUCUUCUUGUUUGUGUUCUGUCUAUGUAUCGUGAUGAUAAAAGAAAAAAAAAGAAUAACGAAAUUUGUGAUUUGUUUGUCACUAAGUUAUCUGUGAGUUCUAUUUGUGGUUAUUGUAUGGAAGAGGUUGUGAUUUUUCGUAGCAUUUGUACUAAAAUGCAGGUGAUUGUUUAUGGUUAUGUUUACAGUCUAUUUCAGUCAAGUAGCUAUUGUUGUACAUGCACUGUGUAGAUGUAGUUUCAUUACUGUUUAAUAUUCUGUUGAUGGGUUUUAUGGUGAUAACAAAUAUUUCAUAGAUUAUUUGAUUGAUCUCUGAUAAAUUCACACUAGAGUAAGGGCAAGCCAGAGAGCACUGAGAGUGGGAGCCAGGCGACUGUGAGAAGCAGGCGCGUCCCGCUCCCACCCACCCCCGGGUGGCAGCGGCCUGCCUGUGUCACACCAGAUCUGCAACUUGGAAGAAAAUGUCAAUAGAUUCUCUUAGAUUCAGUUUCAAUCUCUGCAGUUUUUUAUAUGAUAGUUGCAACAGCACCAAUAAUAUGUAAAGGCUGUUUCCCUAGGAGGAUACUCACUCGUGCGGCGGUGCAAGUCAGGUGUGGCGGGUGGCGGGUCCCUGGCGAAGGGGACGCAGCGGCUUGGUGAGGCGGGAGACGCGGCGCCGCGUUCCGUGUCCUCACCACUCUCCCGUCUGUCCUGCCUGUGAUACUGUACUCCAAUACACCAUCAUCUACUC